CUAUCCCUCAUACCUCUCUUCCAAUCCUCUCCUAACCAAAUACUCUCAAUUAGCUUUUUGUAAAAGUCAAACCUCUAAUUUAUUAAAAAAAAACUCUUCCGCAACCCCACCCACCACUCCUGCCCAAACACCCAUAUGGCCAUAUUGGUUUUCCGCCAAAAGUCCUACAAAAUCCUCCAGUCUUUAGCAUUUCCCGCCAGAUUGCCGGAAAUGAGAGGGGAGCUCGCUCUGUAGUCAGUCAGUUAAGCAGUUACGCUACUCAAUACUGAUACCUACGGAGGUUGGAGAGACAGAGUUGCAUACUCGCAUGGACGGCGGUGGCGGCGAAAGCAUAGUAAUGACAAUGAUGCAAAGGCCUUCCGCAGCAGAGCCAUGUUGCGAUCUCUUGCACAUAUGGCCUAUAUAUUUCCCCCAAAUUGAGCUCUCCUUUCAAGAUUGGAGAUACAUACUCAUCUCUAAGCUUGUGUGCUUCUUCGCUACUCCUCGCGGCAACCAUCUUGUUUCUCAGGUAAAGCAUGAAGAUGACACGUUUUCUUUACAACUCAACUUUCAAGAGUUCAGAAAGAUAUGUGAUCUCGAGUGUUUCUAUGUUAAUUUGGAAGACUAUCCCAAAGAAGCUCUUCUAUGCAUGGGUGCUGCCAUUCAUAAGGUUACAUCUUUCCAAGAGAAAAGCAAGUUAGAAUCUCAUGGGAAAAUAAAUAUCCGGCUUCAUAACUACCCUGAAUCACUGAUUGCUUUGAGGAACCUAAAAGCAGCUUAUAUUGACAGGCUGGUAUCUGUGCGUGGUACUGCUGUAAAGGUCAGCACCGUUAGACCACUGGUGAUGCAGAUGACCUUCAAAUGCAUACAGUGUGGAGCUGACAUAAUACGUUUUUUCCCUGAUGGGAAAUAUUCUCCCCCGGCAACUUGUAUUAUGCGUUGCUGCAAAGGAAAAACGUUUGUGCCAAUUAGGCCUACUGCACAGUCCAUUGAUUUUCAGAAAAUAAGAUUGCAGGAGCUUCUGAAACCCGAAAAUCACGAAGAAGGCCGGGUCCCUCGCACAGUAGAAUGUGAACUUACUGAAGAUCUUGUUGAUGUUUGUAUCCCUGGUGAUGUGGUGACAGUUACUGGAAUUAUAAGGCAAAUUAACAAUUACAUGGACCUUGGAGGAGGUAAAUCAAAAAGCAAGCAUCAAGGAUUAUACUAUUUAUAUCUGGAAGCAGUCUCUGUAACAAAUUCCAAAUCACUGUCUAUUCCAGAAGAUUCUGAGUACACUACUGCUGAUGCUAGAGCAACUGAGAUGUCUGACUUAUUUUCAUUUUCGCCAAGGGAUUUGGAAUUCAUUGUGAAGUUUAAUGAGGAACAUGGUCCAGACGUCUUCCGUCAAAUGAUUCAGUCUAUCUGUCCAUCUAUAUAUGGUCACGAACUUGUUAAGGCGGGAAUAACUUUGGCUCUCUUUGGUGGGGUGCGCAAACAUUCCAUGGAUCAGAAUAAGGUACCUGUCAGAGGAGAUAUUCAUGUGAUUAUAGUUGGUGAUCCUGGAUUGGGAAAGAGCCAAUUACUUCAAGCUGCAGCUGCUGUUUCUCCACGUGGUAUUUAUGUGUGUGGAAAUGCUACCACUAAUGCUGGCCUUACUGUAGCUGUUGUAAAGGACCGCAUGACAAGUGACUAUGCUUUUGAGGCUGGCGCUGUUGUCCUGGCAGACCGCGGCCUGUGUUGCAUUGAUGAAUUUGACAAGAUGUCUGCAGAACAUCAGGCUCUCUUAGAAGCAAUGGAGCAACAGUGUGUCUCUGUUGCGAAAGCGGGACUUGUGGCGAGUCUGUCAGCACGCACUUCUAUUUUAGCUGCAGCAAACCCUGUUGGUGGCCAUUACAACCGCGCUAAAACAGUGAACGAAAACUUGAAGAUGAGUUCCCCCCUGCUUUCACGGUUUGAUUUGGUUUUCAUAUUGCUGGAUAGACCCGAUGAACAUAUGGAUAAACGGCUUUCUGAGCACAUUAUGGCUCUUCAUUCUGGGUAUGGAGAUAGUUCCUCCACAGUCAAGAAACUUUGUAGAGCACCACAGAAUAUUGGACGAACUGAUGUUAGUGCAACAAGUGAGUCCUUGGUAUCAAGGCUGAGACUCGAUGCUAGGAAGGAUAGUGAAUUUGUCCCACUACCUGCUCCUCUUAUACGAAAAUAUAUUGCUUAUGCAAGAGCUUUUGUCUUUCCAAAGAUGUCCAGGUCCGCAGCAGAUAUCCUGCAGAAUUUCUAUUUGCGGUUGAGAGAUCGUAACACUUCAGCUGAUGGUACCCCCAUAACUGCAAGGCAGCUAGAAAGUCUAGUAAGGCUGGCAGAGGCUCGUGCUAGGGUAGACUUAAGGGAUGAAAUAACUGAUCAAGAUGCUUUGGAUGCUGUUGAAAUCAUGAAAGAAUCCCUGUAUGAUAAGUAUGUUGAUGAGCAUGGAGUUAUUGAUUUUGCGCGUAGUGGAGGCAUGAGUCAACAGAAGGAGGCAAAGCGAUUGUUAAGUGCUCUCAAUAAGCAAUCAGAGUUGAACCAGAAAGAUUGUUUUUCAAUAUCUGAAAUAUAUGGUUUGGCAGAUAAGAUUGGUCUCAGAGUUCCAGAUAUCGAUGUAUUUGUUGAUAAUUUGAAUAGUGUUGGUUUUCUAAUUAAAAAGGGACCCAGAACAUAUCAGUUGCCAUCAUCAUCUUACACAAGGAGUCAGACGUCAAGGUCCAGGGUCUAGACAUGGACAGAAGGAUAUCAUUGCAGAUUGUCUUCAAGAUGGUAGUUUUGGUGAUGUCAUUUUAGAGUCGCAUGUCAUAGAAAAGUGAUAGCCUUGUAUAAAUAGAAGGCUCACUGGUAUCAACAAAUUUAUACAUGUACAAAUUUUGUUUGAAUCAAACUACAGCUACUUGUAUUUUGUGAAUAAACUAGUAUUUGGUCCCGGCAUUGCAAGGCUUCGGGAACUAACCUUGAGUCCUUGUGAAUUGUGAUCAAUGAUGGUUAGCAUGAGCCUCAUUCUCUAUUCAA